CGUGGCUCCGGGCGGCCAAACUCACGUGGGUGAAGUGUUGCGUUCCGGAGGAGUAAUGGAGGGACACAUGAGAAACUGGAGCAAGUGAAAAUUGAAAUAAACAACAAUUCAUUCAAUGGAAGACUACAUAACCCCCAAUUAUCCGAGUAAAACGUUGUCGUCAUCAUGGUCAUGGAUUUCUCUAUAGACCAUCGUUGUUAAUGUGGACAAAGGCAGUGGAGCGUCUCGACUCAGGAUCCGAGCUUCAGUAGGGGUGGGCAGCGGGCGCGGGAGAACUCACAGCGGGGAAUGCCGGGAGGAGACGGCUUGCCCGAUGGAGAAGAGGAGAGCCGUUCUCCAGGGCAGGCGGACCGAACCGGCAGCGGGCAGGACCCCGGGGCCAGCGGAGGGGAGAGCUCUCCGGGGUGUGAGGAGAGUGGAGGAGAGCAGACACACGAGGAUGUGGACAUGAACAGUGGUCAUGAGUCCAGCAGCGGGAACGACAGCCUCGCUGGAUCACGACAUCAUCGUUCCUCGGCCAAUCGCAGCCCUGGAAGCACCACGGGGUCAGGAAGCACUAAGAGCUCAAAGUCUGCCACUGUCUCUUCAUCCUCCAGCUUUCACAGCUCUCGUCACACAGAGUGCAGCAGUGAGCAGACGGAGCACGGGCGAGGGCAGACACACAGAGAGAUGAUGCAGACGGUGCAGGAGAUGAAGAAGCGUCUGCCGUCUGAGAAGAGGAUGCGCAGUAAAGCCAGCACUGUGGAGGCUCUGCACUACGCGCUGAACUGUGUCAAACAAGUGCAAGCAAACAGAGAGUACUACAACUUACUGAUGAACAGGGGUCUGGAGGAGAGACGGGACGCUACUGUGUGCACACUGGAGGAGCUGGAGAGAAUCACGUCAGAACACACACUGAAAAACACGGACAUGUUUGUGGUGGUCUUCUCUCUGGCCUCGGGGAAGGUGGUUUACGCGUCUGAACAGGCGUCCAGCGUGCUUCACUGCAAGAGGAAGUUUCUGGAAUCUGCCAAGUUCGUGGACCUACUGUACCAUCAGGACGUCAACGUGUUUUACUCGCACACGGCGCAGCCGCGGCUACCACACUGGAAUGUGGGAACGGACAACGCAGCGGCUCUGUUUGAAUGUGCCCAGGUCAAGUCCUUCUUCUGUCGAUUCAGAGGAGGGAAAGACAGAGAUGGAGAAAUGCGUUAUUGUCCUUUCCGGAUCACUCCGUACCUGCUGAAGGUUCAAGGAUUGAGUGGAGAAGAAGAGCCGUGCUGCCUGUCCCUCGCUGAACGCAUCAUCUCAGGAUAUGAGGCCCCUCGCAUCCCCAUGGACAAGCGCAUAUUCAGCACGACUCAUUCUCCAGGCUGUGUCUUUUUAGAAGUGGACGACCGUGCGGUGCCUUUGCUCGGUUACCUCCCCCAGGACCUGAUCGGUUCCUCUGUUCUGACCGUCCUACAUCCAGACGACCGCCAGCUCAUGCUGGCCAUGCAUCGCAAAAUUCUGAAGUACGCAGGCCAGCCGCCAUUUGAACACUCGCCCAUCCGGUUCCGGUGUCAGAACGGGGACUACGUGACCCUGGACUCCAGCUGGUCCAGCUUCAUCAACCCUUGGAGCCGGAAGGUGGCCUUCAUCAUCGGCAGGCACAAAGUUCGCACUGGACCUCUGAAUGAAGAUGUUUUUGCUGCACGGAGUAAUGCCGAGCAGCCAAUCACGUGUGAGGACGUGAAAGAGCUGCAAGCCAUGAUCCACAAGCUCUUCCAGCAGCCUGUUCAUAAUAAAGGAUCGAGUGGCUAUGGCAGUCUGGGUAGUAACGGCUCUCACGAGCACUACAUCAGUGUGGCGUCAUCCAGCGACAGUAACGGAAACCUCUGGGAGGACUCGCACAGAGAACCAAUGACAUUGCAGCAGUUUUGUACAGAUGUCAAUAAAGUGAAAAACUGGGGCCGGCAGGUGCACCACGACUCCCGGAGGAAGCUCACACCUUUAGGACCAACCACUUCAGUGGCAGACGCACGCCUUCAUCCUAACUGCAGUCAGGGUUUGGGAAUUAGAAAUCUGCAUCUGAAGCAGUCUUUACAAGAAGCCCGGAAACAUCCACACGUUCCAUCAUAUCAGCAGAUCAACUGUGUGGACAGCAUCAUCAGAUAUCUAGAGAGCUGUGCAACAUCUGCUGUGAAACGAAAGAGCGAGUCUUUGUCCAUAUUUACUUCUUCCUCUUCUUCUGUGUCUGAGGAAGAUAAACCUGAAGCGGCCGCACACGAAGAAACCAUGAACACAGACGAAGCUGCUCUCGAGGGCGCUGGUGUUCUGGACAGUCAGGUGUCUGCGGGAUCAGUCACGACGGCGGCUGUGGUGGGAGCGCCGCUCACUGACCUCACCAUCUCUACAGAAGCCAUGAGCGUUGUGUCCGUCACCAGUCAGUGCAGCUACAGCAGCACCAUAGUGCACGUCCCGCAGCCCGAGUCGGAAGUCACAGCGUUGGAAGAUGCUCCAAUGGGUAGCGAGCCCACAGACUCCGCCCCCACCCCUGCAUGCCCCGCCCCCAGCACCUCCUCAGCGGCUCAGGAGGAGAUACUCCUGGUGGGUCUCACCAAAGAGGUGCUGUCCGCUCACACCCAGAAUGAGGAGCAGCAAUUCGUCGAUCGUUUCCGACAUCGUAUCCUGCAGAGUCCGUACAGCUCCUACCUCCAACAGGACAACAGCAGCAUGGCCCAUUCUCAUCACAGAGGUGAUGUCGUACGACCUCCGAACAAACACAAGCGUCCGAAACCAGAGGACUCGUCCGACAGCUACGGCUCCCAGCCGGGCAACUACUGGUCGCUUCCCGGACCCACCGGAGCGCCCCAUUCCUCCUGGCCUUCCUCAGAGUCAUCUCAGCUACCGCCAUCCAACAUCGGCUUUGUGCCGCCCAUGCAAACCGCCCCGUACUUCGCCGUCGGUGCGGAUCAGCAGCCCAUGGUGGUCCAGCCUGACCAAGGUCUCCAGAACCUCCAGCCCAUGACUCCCAUGAUGGUUGUGCUUCUUCCUAGCUACCCCAUGUACCCCGGCACCAAUGGCAUGUACCUCCAGGGGAUGCCCGUUGCUGCGCCUGGAGUCGUUCCCCAGACUCCCUUUAAUAUGGGUGGGUUUGUCCCACCUGGUGCCCACAUGGCUCAUGGGUCUCCAUUGCAGGGACAUGUUCCAGGGUCCACCGUCACAGCCGGUGCCUCCGCAGAGGUCGACUCGAUUCCCACCCCUUGGUUUGGGGAAGACCUUGAUGCAGCACAGCCCACAGCGCUCUUCUCCAGCUCUCGCUCCAGCUCACCCAUCCAGCUGAACUUACUCCAGGAGGAGCUGACCAAACCCACCGAACCCCUGAACAGCGCCGGUCCUGAGAGUCUGCACCAGCACCACGCCAAAACGGAAGAAGCUCCCAGUGAGUCGGGGAACCAGGACGCCAAUUCUACCUCCAGCGAAAUGCUUGACCAAUUGCUACAGGAGGAUGCCCGCUCAGGAACCGGCUCCAACGCGUCGGGCAGUGGCUCCGGAGAGUCGGGAGGCUCACUGGGCUCCGGAUCCGGACUGGGAUCUAACGGAACGUCAACCAGCCAUACCGGCAGCAGCGAGUACUUCGCAAGCAACGAUUCGUCGGACACGUCCCGAAAGGCGCGCAAGUCCGCGGAGGCCCAGGAAAAGGAGCGUACGGCCCUCGCGCACGUGGACAACCCUCUGUGGAGCACGAUCAAGCAGACACCAGAGCCCAUCAUGAUGACCUAUCGGAUCAGCCCCAGGGAUCAGGAGCAGGUUCUGCAGGAAGACCGAGAGAAGCUGCUUCUGAUGCAGCCCAUGCAGCCCUGGUUCACCCUGGACCAGAAGAAGGAGCUCGCUGAGGUUCAUCCCUGGAUCCGUCAGCACACCUUCCCACAGGAGAUCAACACACAGGGCUGUGUGAGUUGUAACUCCAUGGAAUCGGGUGAGAAACUGAAUCUUCAAACUGACCCUCCAGACAGCUCCUGUCCGUCACAGGACACCAGACCCACCACAGACACCUGAAAGCUCUCCUCUGCUUAGACAAUCACUGCAACUGCUGGACCUCCGGCUCUCUGGGACUCUGAGUCCUCUGCUUUCAGCUGGGAAACGUAGGAAGGGAGAGCCGUUCGUGUGCCAGCCUCUCAUAAUCCCGCCAUCCAACAUCGGCUUUGUGCCGCCCAUGGCAGUGCCCACGCAAAUCGCCCCUUACCUCACCGUCGGUGUGGCCCAUGCUGGUCCAGCCUGACUCCCAUGAUGGCUUUCCUACUUCCUCUGAUGUUUGUACGCUCGCAGGAGAUGGACGGUUCAUGACCAUGCGUUUCUCUCUGCUGUUCUCCUUUACAAACAGUCCAUGGACCCAAGCAACUGUGAAUAUCAUACUAUAAUUUGUAUAGUAGUUUUUUAGGCUGUUUUUUUAAAAUGUUUUUUUUAUGUGUCCUCUACUGAAUUUUGCAGGCUCAGGAGGGGUUAUGAUCUCCCAGAAGUACCUGUAAUGAGUUUCUAACCACUUGCACAGGUAAAAAUGUCCCAUAAAGUCCAGCAUCCUGUUCAGUUGUUAAACAACAUUAGCACUCACCGCCAAAAAAGAUAAAAGCGUCUAUGAAUGGAAAUGAAUGAAUGUCCAAAGCUUUACUUUACUGCUGCUUAUUUUGACCGCUUCAUCUCAAACUAGUCUUCUGUUUAAUUCGUCCUCAUCGAGCAGAAUCAACACAGUUCAGCAACCCAGUAAUGAGAGGGAUGAUUGAGUUCAUCCAAUCCAAACGGAUGAUUUGAAUGAGGCCUUAAAUGAGUUUUUCUGUCAGUGUUAGACACACAGUGUGUUAAUUCAUUGUCUCUGUUCUCAGUUUCAAAUAAUGUUUCCACCAUACAGGUGUCUGAAAGAUGUCUUUUAUAUAAGUUAUGGUGUAAUGACUGUAUUCUGAAGAUUGGGUUGAUGGUUAAAUAUAUAGAUCGGUGUGUCAAAAACAUAACUGGGUCACAUUUCUCCCGAAAAUAAAAAAGAAAUACAAAUAUAAUUGAAGCUGCAAGAAGCCAAUGUCCUCAUAUACAUACAUGGCUCCUUGGACCAAGACACUGCGUGCCAAUUUUCGAGUCAAUCGCACCAACGCUCGGGUUGUGUUAGCCAUUUUCAUGUUUUUUUUUCCUCCAAUAGCGCCACCAAGUGGACAAUUGCCGCAUUUUUUUUUCACUUGACCAAAGUUUGAGCCCGUACACACAUGUACCAAGUUUGGUGAAUAAUAUAUUAUACCGUUCAAGAGUUAUCUACAUUUUGGCACACAGUUUAAGAUACGUUGAAAACAGAAAGAAAUAUUUAAUGUUCAAUUUUCUCUACUUUUUAUUAUUAAAUCCCUCAAUAGUGUUCAGAAUAAGUUUUGCGAUCCUGAAUGUUUGCGCGUGUGUGCGCAUGUGUGUGUGUGUGUGUUACAAUGUUCCAGAGAACCAGUUUGACAAGCAUUCUGACAACAGUGAUUAUCUUAUCUGUAUAUAAACUGUUGAAACGUGCAUUCCCUUGAACAGUAUUGAGAAUUUAUAUGGCAUAAACUCAGACAAAAUAUAAUUGUGUUUAAGUGAUUGCUAAGUGAUUUUAUAAUAUGAAUCCAAAAGCACCUGUGAAAAGACUUAAUUUAUAAGUAGAAUGAACAGCAGAGGGCAGUAGAUGACCACUUUCAUUUGAAACAUCUUAUCCACCAGUAAAACAAAGCAGUUCUCUAUUAAGCAUGCUUGCACAAAGGCACGCACACAAACAAAGACAAAUGUUUUUGGGAUAUGUUAUUGUGAAAAUAUCUUUUAUCUAUAAGCAUUUCACAUAUUUGUUUGUGAUCUAAUAAUAUAAAACUAUAUUACCAGUCCAUCAUAAUAAUAAAAAAAACCAACAAACCAAAGAUUGCGCUCAUACAUAAGUGUACUGAGUUAGUGAAAAUAUAUCAUACCGGUCACAAGUUAUAGCCAUUUUAGCAAUAUUAGCCCCACCUACUUCGAACGUUUUGGCAUCCCGUUGCAAGCGUGAAUCACCAAACGAAAUUAUUUCGGUAACUUUUUGUCUUGAGACCUCUAGAUGAUGCAUAUCGAGUGAAUCUGCCAAUGAGUUCAAAAAAGUUGAUUUUUCCCAAAAUUGUAAUAAUCAUUUCAUACCGGAAAUGAAAUCGGAAAUAUACGUUUUUUCCGUCUUGAGCCAAGGAUUACAGUGAUAUAAGACACUUGAGUCUAUUAGACAAACAUUUUGUCGCUGUAGUGCCAUCUAUCUUUCAAAUCUCAAGCCCUUAUGGUUUGGUCUGCACGAUCAGUCAAUAAUAAAAAUCCAAUAAUUACAAUAGGACACUAACCCUAACCCCUAUAUAUAUAUAUAUAUUCUCCGCCAAAAAUAUGACCAUUGUUGGGCCAUUAUGAUUAUUAGCAUAGUUAUGGAGUGAAAACCUUUCACAUGCAUUUGUGGAAGGUUUUGAGACUGUUUUCACUCCAUACAUAGUGACAUUUAUUUUCAUGAUGUCUGUUUCGGAAAAAAAAACAUGCUCCCUGGUUAUAAUACAAAAAUAGCAAUGCAAUGUAGUCUUAAUGGCUCUAAAAAUGGUCUUAAUUAUUUGUCUUUAUGUAGAUUUUUGUUUUUGUUUCUGGUGAGUUGUGACCUGAAUAUGUUUCAUGAGAUUCACUGGUAAAUAUAAAACAGAUCAAACCCAUCAUAAAGCAUCCAGAAAGACCAACUCAUUGCAGUGUACCGUACAGUUUUCACCAAACCUCAUUCUUGUCAUCUUGUCUUUUUUAUUUAUCUGUGUCAGAGCUUAAGUGUGUCGUUGUGAGUGUGUUUCUGUGCCGUUGCUGAUGUCACAGGUGUAUUGUUUUUUUCCCGUAUGUGGGUUGUUGCGGUAACAGAACUUUUUGGCCUGUCAGUCCGGACAAAAAUGUAUUUUAAAAUGUAUUUUACGGGGAUAAAAAGUGCAAAAGACAAUGAAUUAUGUAAAAAGCCAUUUUGUCUAAACUUCAGGGAAAUAUUUUGACACCACAUGAUAACUAUGAAUAAAAAAAAAACCAUAAUGACUUGUA